GUAGGAGCAUGUCUUUACUGAUUGGGAAUAUAAACGGCCAUCCGUUUAACUCUUUAUCACUUGGACAAUCAUUUCGUAAAUAAAAAUACCCUUUCUGGAUUUAUUUUUUAUAUUUUUUUUACUUUUUUUCAUCUCUUUAUCUUUCGUCAUGUCUUCAUCUCCCAAAAGAAAAUCCCCCGCAUCAUCCAUGUCAGAGCCUGCUUCUAAACGUCCACAUAUAUCACCUCCACUUGCACCACUUCCACCGCCUUUAAUGCAAUAUCCUUCUGUUGUCUAUUACCCUCCAUACUAUCCUAUACCCUCGCAAACCCCAGCUAGUUCAGCAGAUGAACGAGAGCGUGCUCGAAAGGUGUCUCAUAGCGCGAUCGAACGACGACGACGUGAGCGGAUCAAUGAUAAAAUACAUCAAUUAAAACAACUUAUCCCAUACUGCGCAGAACAAGAGAAUCUUCAUAAAAUGUCAAUACUUCAAAGUGCUAUCGAUUAUAUUGCUUAUCUCAAGGAUAUCGUCAAGAGUAUAGAUGACGAUGACGCUUUACUUCAUGGUGCCGAUCAUGUUAAAAUUAAAGUAGCUAAAAGUAUGUUGCCCAAGGAAGUAGAGCCUUUCACCACACAGUUUUCAGUCAAGCAAGUUAAUACGAUUAAGACUCCUCUGACACCACCACAAGAAUCUAAGCCGACGAAUAAAGAGAUAAAUUCAUCACCAGAAGAAUCAAAGCAUAUGAGUUUACAAAAUAUUUUAUGUUAGAAAAUAAAGCUCCCUUUUUUUUUUUU